AUGGUUACUUCCAGUUGUGUAGAAGUUGUUGAACGAUUGAAUCGGGAGGUUGGUAGCUACAUCAAUUAUUUCGAUGUUAGUCAGGAUAUGUGCCGACCACUAGGACAACACAUAUGGACUCUACCUCAUGGAGAAAAGAAGAGUGUUUUUUGUGUCGAAGACAAAAUAUUUAAUUACUUGAAUAAGAAAGGAGUUCAAAAAGCUCUCCAUACUAGGAUUUCCUCGUGGCAAACUUGUGGAGCUAUUUGGUAUGACUGUAAAAGUAUUGAAAAUUCAACCAUAUCUCUUCUAGAACACUUGUCAAAUCAGGUGUUGGAGUUACGCACCGAAUCUUUAUUGGAUGGAUUAGCUAAGGACCUUGGGUUGCACGCAUGGCCUUAUAGACCAUGGAUUACUUCAAAGCCUGGGGGAAAUCCUGAAAUUGGUGAG